AUAUUUCUGUACGGCCCAGAGGCAGCCCGAGCAGUCGCCGGGUCGGUAGAGGUGCUGACAGGGCGGAGCCGCCGCUUGGCUCAGCCGGCCUCACCCCUCCCGCCCGGGACAGGUGGCUGGAGCGCGCCCCGCCUCCGCCAGCUGCGAGUGGGAGCCAGGGAGGGCCGGUCCCGGACGGUCGCCGCCAGCUGCGAGUGGGAGUGAGCAAGGGCUAGUCCCGGACCGCCGGGCCAGGGGUCCGGCGGCAGCAGACGGGUACCCUGGCGGCCAAAAAAAUGCUCCUGUACCGAGGGGCCCCCGCCGGUCCUGGCGCGCCGGGCUGCGGGCUGGCCCGGCCCGGCGGCGGCCCGCAGGCCUUCGGGAUCCGCCUGAGCACGAUGAGCCCCCGCUACCUCCAGAGCAACUCCAGCAGCCACACGCGACCCUUCAGUGCCAUCGCGGAGCUGCUAGAUAAUGCUGUAGAUCCAGAUGUAUCUGCCAGGACGGUCUUUAUAGAUGUUGAGGAGGUCAAGAAUAAAUCUUGUUUGACCUUUACCGAUGAUGGAUGUGGGAUGACACCUCAUAAACUACACCGAAUGCUCAGCUUUGGCUUUACAGAUAAAGUAAUAAAGAAGAGCCAGUGUCCCAUUGGGGUCUUUGGUAAUGGUUUCAAGUCAGGCUCCAUGCGGCUAGGAAAGGACGCCCUUGUCUUCACCAAGAAUGGGGGUACUCUCACUGUUGGACUUCUAUCACAGACCUAUCUGGAAUGUGUCCAGGCCCAGGCAGUUAUUGUACCAAUUGUUCCAUUCAACCAGCAAAACAAAAAAAUGAUUAUUACCGAGGAUUCAUUGCCCAGCCUAGAAGCCAUCUUGAACUAUUCCAUUUUCAACAGUGAAAAUGACCUGCUGGCCCAGUUUGAUGCCAUCCCAGGCAAAAAAGGCACUCGUGUUCUCAUUUGGAACAUCCGCAGUGCAUUUUUUGUCCUUUGGAGCCAGUUUUUGUUAGAUUGGUACUUGUCUGUUUUCCCCAGAAAUAAAAAUGGAAAAUCUGAGUUGGACUUUGAUACAGAUCAAUAUGACAUCCUGGUAUCAGACUUUGACACAGAAGAAAAAAUGACUGGCGGUAUUACCUCUGAGCUGCCAGAAACAGAAUAUUCUUUAAGGGCAUUUUGUGGUAUUCUAUACAUGAAGCCACGGAUGAAAAUUUUUCUGCGUCAAAAGAAGGUGACUACCCAGAUGAUUGCCAAGAGCCUGGCCAAUGUAGAAUAUGAUACAUAUAAACCUACCUUCACAAAUAAGCAGGUGAGAAUCACCUUUGGGUUCUCUUGCAAGAAUAGUAACCAGUUUGGAAUAAUGAUGUAUCAUAACAACCGACUCAUAAAAUCCUUUGAGAAGGUGGGGUGCCAGGUGAAGCCAACUCGUGGAGAAGGUGUAGGAGUAAUUGGAGUCAUUGAGUGCAAUUUCCUAAAACCUGCCUACAACAAACAAGACUUUGAGUAUACCAAGGAGUACCGGUUAACAAUAAACGCCCUUGCCCAGAAGCUCAAUUCUUACUGGAAGGAAAAAACAUCUCAAUAUAAUUUUGAGACCUCAGCUGUAGCCAGGCCAAUACCGAGGGUUCCUGACCAGACAUGGGUUCAGUGUGAUGAGUGUCUUAAAUGGAGGAAGCUUCCUGGCAAGAUCGAUCCAUCCAUGUUACCUGCAAGAUGGUUUUGUUAUUAUAAUUCCCAUCCAAAGUACAGGAGAUGCUCUGUUCCAGAGGAACACGAACUCAUUGACGAAGACCUGUGCUUGAGCAAAGCUAAGAAACAAGAACAAACUGUUGAGGAGAAGAAGAAGAUGCCUAUGGAAAAUGAGAACCACCAGGUAUUCAGUAAUCCACCAAAGAUCCUUACUAUUCAAGAAAUGGCUGGAUUGAAUAACAAGACAAUUGGAUAUGAGGGAAUUCAUAGCCCUAGUGUGCUUCCAUCUGGUGGAGAAGAAAGCAGAUCACCUUCUCUUCAACUUAAGCCUCUGGAUUCCAGUGUUUUUCAGUUUUCCAGUAAGUACAAAUGGAUCCUAGGUGAAGAACCAGUAGAGAAACGAAGAAGGCUCCAGAAUGAGAUGACAACACCUUCUCUAGAUUAUUCCAUGCCUGCUCCUUACAGGAGGGUAGAGGCACCUGUUGCCUACCCAGAAGGGGAGAACAGCCAUGAUAAAUCGAGUUCUGAGAGAAGUACACCACCAUACCUUUUCCCAGAAUAUCCAGAAGCAAGCAAGAAUACAGGUCAGAAUAGGGAGGUUUCAAUUCUGUAUCCAGGGACCAAAGACCAACGCCAGGGGUCCCUGCUUCCUGAAGAAUUAGAAGAUCAGAUGCCAAGAUUGGUGGCAGAAGAAUCUAACAGAAGUAGCACAAGCAUAAACAAAGAGGAAGUGAACAAGGGACCUUUUGUAGCUGUUGUUGGUGUUGCCAAAGGUGUUAGAGAUUCAGGAGCUCCCAUUCAGCUGAUCCCUUUUAACAGAGAGGAGCUUGCUGAGAGACGAAAAGCAGUUGAAUCCUGGAACCCAGUGCCUUAUUCUGUGGCCUCUGCUGCAAUCCCUGCUGCAGCCACUGGGGAGAAAGGAAGAGGCUAUGAGGAGAAUGAAGGUCGUAAUACACCAAAGAUGAAGAACCAGAGAGAGCUGGAAGAAUUGAAGAGAACCACAGAAAAAUUGGAACGUGUUUUGGCUGAAAGGAAUUUGUUCCAGCAAAAGGUGGAGGAGCUGGAACAGGAGAGGAAUCACUGGCAGUCUGAAUUCAAGAAAGUCCAACAUGAAUUGGUGAUCUACAGUACCCAGGAGGCGGAAGGCUUGUACUGGAGCAAGAAACACAUGGGUUAUCGCCAAGCUGAAUUCCAGAUUCUGAAAGCUGAGCUGGAAAGAACCAAAGAGGAAAAGGAAGAGUUAAAAGAGAAAUUGAAGGAAGCAGAGACACACCUGGAAAUGCUGCAGAAGGCUCAGGUCUCCUACCGGACCCCAGAGGGAGAUGACCUAGAAAGGGCUUUGGCAAAGCUUACGCGGCUACGUAUCCACGUCAGCUAUCUCCUUACUUCUGUCCUCCCUCACUUGGAGCUUCGUGAGAUCGGGUAUGACUCAGAACAAGUGGAUGGGAUCCUGUACACGGUGCUGGAGGCAAAUCACAUACUGGAUUGAGCACCAGACUGUAUACCCUUCUCUUCUCUUCUGUCUCUUCUCUUUUCUCUCCCUCCCCCACAUCUGUGUCUUUCUUUCUCUCUCUCUCUCUCUCACCCUCACCUUUAUGCCUUAUAUAGAGAAUCUCUGUGUAAAUUCUGGCUCAUAAUCAGUCUCCUUCUUAUCAGUUUUGGUGUGGAGAAAGAGGCCGGUUUAAAUAGACUUUAAAGAGUCUAGGAAUAGAAAAGCAAUAGUCACCAAGCUAGGUGACCUGAAAGCUUUAAUUUUCAUGACCUGGAUAUGUGGUCUAUUUUAUAUCUUUUUCUGAAAUGGUUUGUAUUCAUUUAGGUUAAAUCAAUCAGCAGAUAUUGGGUCCGGUAUACCAGGUGUUUUGGGGGUAAGCUAAUAAGUAUAACUCAUGUUUGCAGCCUUCGAAGAUGUAACAAUCUCAUUGGAAACAUAAGACAUACAUCACAUUAUACACAAAAGUGUAUGAUAUGUACAACUGAGUGGUACAGAUAUGACAUGGAAGAUCUAGGGGAGGAAGUUCAAGGAAGGCACCACACCAGAAAUGGGACCUAAAUUAAGGCUUAAAGAAUGAGCAUGGCCACACUGUCAAUGAGUGUUCUUUAGGUGGUAGGACUAUGGUUGAUAGUUUUCUUCUUCCUAUCUUCCUGCCUUUUUCAGAUUUUCAGUAUUAAACUUGUUAUUCUUACAUUGGAAAAAAUAAAUUGUUUUUAAAAAGAUCAA